AAGAUAAUCUGACAAAAGAAUGGCCACUACAUGCACAAAUUUGUCUUGAGGAUAUGUCCUGGAAUGAAGAUGAACAAUGUUAUACUCUCUCAUGCCGAUGUGGUGGGAAUUACACUGUCUUCAAGAAUGAAACCAAAGAUGUAUCUUUGGUUUGUUGUGACACAUGUUCACUUGUUAUCGAGAUCCUUCAAUGA